AUGCCAGAAUAUCCUAUGGGUAAUUUACCUAAGGAUAGAGUAACACUAAUUAGACCAUUCCAGACCACGGGUAUUGACUAUUGCGGCCCAUUUUUUAUAAAGGAAAGGAAAUAUCGCAAUACAAAGAGGUUGAAGGUUUACGUAGCUGUAUUUGUUUGCUUUGCCACUAAGGCAAUCCAUUUGGAAUUGGUUAGUGAUUUAUCCACCGAUGCCUUUCUUGCCAGUCUGAGAAGAUUUUUUGCUAGGCGCGGCUUUGCACAAACCAUAUAUUCUGAUAAUGUGACGAACUUCGUAGGCGCGAAAAAUAGUUUAUCCGAUAUUCAAACAUUCUUAGAAUCAAAGCAGCAUCAACAAACAAUAACAAAUUAUUUGACCAACAAGGGUGUUACUUGGCAUUUUUCACCUCCAAGAUCUCCACAUUUUGGGGGACUUUGGGAAGCUGCGGUCAAAGGUUUUAAAUUCCAUUUGCGUCGAACCAUCGGAGAGGUCUUAUUUACAUAUAAGGAACUCAAUACUUACGUAAUAGAAAUUGAAGCGAUUUUAAAUUCCCGUCCCCUAACAUCAUUAUCCUCCGACCCUAAUGACCUGACAGCCCUCACACCAGCACACUACCUUAUAGGUGAGUCAUUAACUGGUUUACCUGAGAUAGACAUAUUGAAUGUUCCUACUAACCGAUUGUCAGCUUGGCAGCACAUACAAAGGGUAAAGCAACACUUCUGGAUCAGAUGGCAAAGAGAAUAUUUAAACGAAUUAAAUAUCCGAAGCAAAUGGCGCGAGAGGUCCACAAUACCUUUACAACCAGGGACCUUGGUCGUGAUCAAGGAGGAAAAUUUGCCACCUAUGCGAUGGAGCAUAGGCCGCAUCGUGGAAACUCACCCCGGAAAGGAUCAAGUGGUUCGGGUCGUCACUGUUAAGACUGCAAGUGGUAUUUAUUGA